AUGGCGAGCACGGCCUCGGAGAUCAUCGCCUUCAUGGUCUCUGUCUCGGGCUGGGUGCUCGUAUCUUCCACGCUGCCCACCGACUACUGGAGAGUGUCCACCAUCGAUGGCACCGUCAUCACCACCGCCACCUAUUGGGCCAACCUGUGGAAGACGUGCGUUACUGACUCCACGGGUGUCUCCAACUGCAAGGACUUCCCCUCCAUGCUGGCGCUGGACGGUUAUAUCCAGGCAUGUAGAGGACUUAUGAUUGCUGCUGUCAGCCUGGGCUUUUUUGGUUCCAUAUUUGCCCUGUUUGGAAUGAAGUGUACCAAAGUCGGAGGCUCAGAUAAAGCCAAAGCUAAAAUUGCUUGUUUGGCUGGCAUUGUAUUCAUACUGUCAGGGCUAUGUUCAAUGACCGGUUGUUCGCUGUAUGCAAACAAAAUCACAACAGAAUUCUUUGAUCCUCUUUAUGUUGAGCAAAAGUAUGAAUUAGGAGCUGCUCUGUUUAUUGGAUGGGCGGGAGCCUCACUCUGCAUAAUUGGUGGUGUCAUAUUUUGCUUUUCAAUAUCUGACAACAACAAAACACCCAGAAUGGGAUACGCAUACAAUGGGGCCACAUCUGUCAUGUCUUCUCGGACAAAGUAUCAUGGUGGAGAAGAUUUUAAAACCACAAACCCUUCAAAACAGUUUGAUAAAAAUGCUUAUGUCUAAAGAGCACUGCUGCAAGCUGUGUCUUGAGUUUGUUGUAAAAGUGAACUGUUCACAAAAUGAUCCCAUCAAGGCCCUCCUAUAAUUAACAUUCAAACUAUUUUUAAAAUACGGAUUUGAAGAAUUUGUUGAUUGUAUGGAUGUAAGUGUUCUUACAUAGUAACAUACUAAUCAUUUUCUGUCAUGGCUUUCUAUAAAAAAAUAAACAGGUUAUUUACAGAAUUUGUAUAUAUUUUUUAUAUUUUUAGAACAUGUGUUUAGCACUAAAGGGUCAGGGGAUAUUUAACAAUGUAGCCUUCUUAAUCAUUCAGAUAUCGCAGUCUUCGUCCCCCAUUCCUUAUGGUUUUUCUUUCAUAUAUUUAACAGAAGACACAUAAGGAGUGGUGUCCUAUAAAGUGUAUAGGGGCAGUCUGAGACUAUUUCUCAAAAGAUGUUUGGGUUGAAUGGACAGUUACUGGCUGCAUAGAAUUUACUUCUAGUUUCUUACACCUCUCUGUCACCACCGUUAAUUCACAGUGACUGCUCAAGGAAGGGGUGAUGGGGUCAAGACGUCAUCACCCAUUACCUGACAUGUCCACCUUAAAUUACUGCGUAGGCCUCUCUGAUACAGAAAGCAGAUUUGGGGGUGAAGCACCAGCAAGAGCUGAGCUAAAAAUGCUGGUCAUGGCUGACUUUGAAGCCAGCAAAGGAAAUCCUGGAGCCUGGGUAAUACCUGCCUUACUCAGAACUGACAGGCCAAGCUCUGGCAUCUCUUAGGUCCUGUGUGUGGAACUAAUUGGAUCAUAGAGAGAUUUACCAGGUUUCAAGAUACAGAAGUUGCUCUAGUGAUUUCUAAACAAAGACUGAUUUACUUCUAGAGGCACCCCUUUAACCGCCUGCCCAUAAGGACAGUAGUUAGUAUGCGCCAUGCACCAUGCUGAGCACUUCCCAUACCCUGACUCAUUUCGUCCUCACAACCGUCCUCUGAGGUAAAGUACUAUUAGUGACUUAGUUUAAAUACUGGGUGUACUUAGCAGAAGUUUAUCACGCUUCCUCAGCCCUUUUCAUGGCAGACCCAGAACAUGAAACAGAACCAGUUUAAAGCCUGCUUUUGUCACUUUCUAGUAGUAUGGCCUUUGGCAAAUUACUUAAUCUCUCAGUUUCUCACAUUUUUAGGAUGAAGAUUAUAAUAAUAACUAUCUCAAAGUUGAUCUAAUGAUAUUAGCUAAUAAUGCAUAUUAAAAAAAAAACAAAAACAAGCCCAAGUAGCUCAAUAUCUGUGGACUGACUGAAUAGACAUAGUGGCCCGUGUGCCUUCUUAGGCACAGUAUGUUUUGUAGGUUGCUUAUCUCUGUCCUAUUACUACAUGAAAAUUUGAUUUGGCGUUUAUUAAAGCUUUUAGAAACUUACAUAUUUGCUUAAAAUGGCCCCGUGGGAAGUAAAGUUUUGUAAACAGGACAGGGUACGGUGGGUGGGUGGGCAGGGAUAGAAACAGAUAAAAAAUUGUUCUAACUUUAGAUCUGGAUGUUACAUGCCGUAGCCGACAAGGCAAGCUCGAGACCCCUAACAAGACAAGUUUAACUCAGAAAUCAUCUCUAAUAACUCAGCCACAGUCACAAUGAUGUAAUGGAGGGCUUUACUUGAAAGGUUGACAAAACGAAAAGAGAUCCAAUACCCAACAAAUCAUUUAGUUAAAAUGGUACUUUUUU